AUGGAAACAAAACGUUUUAUUAUUCUUAUACUUCUAAGUCAUUUAGUAUUAUUUUAUUCAAUAUUUGAUGUUUAUUUUACAUCACCAAUUAAUCAUGGAAUGCCUGUACAUCGUUCAACUCAAACACCACGUGCUAAACGUCUUGUACUUUUUGUUGCUGAUGGUCUUCGAUCUGAUAAAUUGUUUCAACAAUUGAAUAAUACACCUUAUCUUAAUUCUAUUAUUCAGAAUAGAACAAGUUUGAGUGGUAUUUCACAUACACGUGUACCGACUGAAUCUCGACCGGGUCAUGUUGCAAUUAUUUCUGGUUUUUAUGAAGAUAUAUCAGCUGUUACACGUGGAUGGAAAGAAAAUCCAGUUGAAUUUGAUUCAAUAUUUAAUCGAAGUACAUAUGCAUUUGGUUUUGGUAGUCCUGAUAUAGUUCCAAUGUUUAAACGUGGUCAAUCUUAUGAACAUUUUUAUAUUGAAUGUUAUCAUUCAGAUAAUGAAGAAUUUGGUAAUGAUCGUGCUCAUGAAUUAGAUCUUUGGGUUGAAAGAAAAUUUGAAAAAUUUUUAUUAAAUAAUACACUUAAAAAUGAAUUAAAUAAAGAUAAAAUAAUCUUCUUUUUUCAUUUACUUGGUAUUGAUACAAAUGGUCAUUCAUAUAAACCAUGGUCAGAUGUUUAUAUGAAAAAUAUUCAUAUUGUUGAUGGAAUUACUCAACGAUUAGAAAAUUUAAUUGAGAAUUAUUAUAAACAUGAUCAAAAAACUACAUAUGUAUUUACAUCUGAUCAUGGUAUGACUGAUUGGGGUUCACAUGGUGCUGGUGAUGAUACUGAAACAUUAACACCAUUACUUGUUUGGGGUUCAGGUAUUCGUUCAUCACGUCAUACAGAUGUUCAUAUUGAACAAGCAGAUUUAUGUCCAUUAAUGUCUUAUUUUCUUGGACUUGAUUAUUCAAUAAAUUCAGUUGGUCGUUUACCAAUUGAUUAUUUAUUACCUGUUGAUGAAGAUCUUCUUCAAGCUUAUCUUCAAAAUGCUCGACAAUUACUUGAACAAGUACAUAAACAAUAUGAUUUAUUAAAAAAACGUUUAUUAUUUUUUAAACCAUAUAAUUUAAAUGAAGAAAAUUUUUUUGAACGUAUGGAAAAAGUUGAAGGUUAUAUGAAUUUAUAUCAAAUUCGAGAUGAUAUUAAAGAUUUUAUGCGACAUGUUGCUUUAGCUAGUCAUUAUUAUCAUACAUAUCGACGUUUUUUACUUAGUAUAUUAAUUAUUAUUGGAUUUUUGACAUCUAUUUGUACGACUUUAUAUCAAUUAAAUCCAAUGAGAUCAUUAUCAUCAUCGAUAGCUUUAUUAUGUAAAAUAGUAUCGAUUUUAGUUUUUAUUCUUUUAUUAAUUGAACAAUCACCUUGGACACAUUUGUUAUAUCCAACACUUGUUUGUAUACAUACAUGGAUUUCAGCUAAUUUUGCUAUGAAUUGGAUACAUCAAAAAGUUUUUAACCAAAUAAAAUAUUUUUCAUUUUGGUUAAAUUUAUUUAUGAUUGGAAUUUUUUUACAAACAUAUAUUUUACCAUUUUUUCAUCGUUGGACAAUGUCAAUAGGUGUUUUCUUAUUAUUUAUUGAUGCUAUUCGACGUUGGCAAGGGUAA